CUUACUACAUGUGGUUACUUCAUCCCCCAGGUCGGGGUCAAUACGAGCCCGCGCAGCACGUGGUGCAUGAUGCUGCGACUCACGACCAGAACACCUCUAGGUCCUUACUUUCUACGCAGAGACUGAGUCUGUAGACACACGCGGGGAAGUAGGUCUGUAUAGGCCGAUGCGAUCUAUCCGUCAAAUCGAAAGAAAAGUCGCGUCUAGAACGAAUGAACAAUGGACCCGGUCCUCGAGCCUUACCGAUACCAAAGAUUGAGCACGCCCCGCUCAUUCCGGAUUCUGGAAGUUGAACGAUUUUCAAAAGAUCCAGAAGUUCAAGUGCUUCAUGGCAAGAUCACAGAGGAGUUUAUUGACAACCCUCCAGAUUACGAAGCCCUUUCCUACACAUGGGAAGAUCCGACUCUUUCAGAGCAGAUUAUCCUCGACGGACGAACAUUGUUAAUCACGCAUAGCGCCGCGACUGUCAUCCGGCGCAUGCUGCGGGGAAAGUGGACGCGGCGAAUUUGGAUUGAUGCCGUCUGUAUUGACCAGUCAAGAGACCCCGCUGCGCUUCGAGAGCGCAGUGGUCAGGUCCAACUGAUGGCGGAAAUCUACCGCGCGGCGAGUCGCGUCAACGUCUACCUCGGAGAAGGUGAUGCGGAAUCCGACGCCGCGGCGAGAAGCCUCCUGGCGCUUUCCCUGUCGCGGACGUUUGCUCUGGCCCCUGGGCCAUUCAAGAACUUCAGGAGAAGGAGGUACGAGCGGCGGGUGGCCGAUGCAGUCCGUAUAACAGAGGAACGGCCGUACGGGCUUCUAUUUGCGCUGUUCAGAAGACCUUGGUUUCAGCGCACCUGGGUACUCCAGGAAGUCGCCAUGGCGAAAAGUACCAUGUUUUACUGCGGCAACCGGCUGGUGCAUAUGGAGGUGCUUAACGCAGGCAUUGACUUCAUGUCCGUAUACGGCCAUGCCUCCAACUUGCCCGCGGGUCUCCACAUCCACUGGAAGUCCUAUAUCGAGACACACUAUGCCCUCCAGAACAUUGUGCGCAGAAUAUCUGAGGGGGAAACUCUGCCCGACCUAACAUUGACUUCGAUUCUCCUCAGUGUAAAUUUAAAGUUCGCUACCAGGCCCGAGGACAAGGUUUAUGGGCUUUACGGGAUUUGCAAAUAUCUUGGGUUCCGGUUGCCUGAGCCGGAUUACCAAAAGUCUCCGGAUGAGGUGUACACCGAAGCGGCGUGUUGCAUGAUAGAACAAGAUCGGUCACUGGAGCUUUUGAGCUUGCUUGAUGGUUCCGGGCUGGCCUUAGGGUUGCCGUCAUGGGUGCCUAAUUUAACGGGCUUCCUCGCGCCAAACGGGACGAAAACCUUCACCACUACAAAGCACUUUCAAGCAGCUGGGUCAAGCAAGUAUACCUAUAACUUGACAACGGAGAAUACAAGACUACGAGUGCUAGGAAGAAAACUUGGCCGGAUAAAGUCAGUCGGGAUAAUCUGCGACACGGACCCCAACAACCAUCCUGCAAUAGGACCCCCACAUACAACGCCUCAAGUGUUCGAGGCUGUGACGCUUGCGAUCCAAAACUGGGUACAGAUUGCGCAGGAGAUAAGCACAAAUGCGUAUCCCACGGGGCAGCCGUUUCUCGAAGUCUUUGCCCGGACGUGCUUUUACGAUACCUGUUACAGCAAUCGGAUCACUCCAGAGCAGCUGGCGAUGGGGACGAAGUUUAUCUCCCUGAUCCUGGCGAUGACAUCCGGGAUGGCGUCGCUUAUGAGUGAAUCGGUGAUACAGUCAACAUUGCAAGAGCUUCAGAGCCCUGCCGUAAUCAGUACUUCGGAAGGGAGCAUAAUGCAUACCCUGUGGAAAAGGAUGUUCGCCACCGAUGGUGGACUACUCGGAAUGGCGCCGUGGAGUGCGGAGGCGGGUGAUGAGGUUGUGCUUCUGGCUGGUUGCUCGAAUCCUUUUGUUGUGAGGCCGUGCUCCGGGGGACAUCAGGUCAUUGGGCCUGGGUAUGUCCAUGGGGUCAUGGAUGGAGAGGCCUGGAAUGCACGAUCUGAGUCUGAUGAUGAGUUGUUUGUUUUUGUAUGA